AUGGUGUCUCUUCAUGCUCCAACAGCCAGUUAUUCCACUUUCCUCCGACAGCAGAUCCAAGUUACUCAGCCUUCUGACAAAUCCAACUACUGUCAAGCAAAGAAGGCCUUCAACUUGACAAACAGCCUGGGCGUUUGUUUCAGUACGUGUGAGAUGGGUCCACCAUCAGCUUUCCCGACUGACAAUAAUCCUAUGUCUACAAUUCUAUAUCUUGUCACUGAACUCGACGCCUGCGACGCCACAGAUGAAGGGCUAGUAGAUGCGAUUACAUCUGCAUUCAAAGCAGAUAUGUUUCCCGCUCAGAAGCAAGCAGGCGCUUUCACCACGGACGAGCUAGAAUGGCUUGCGAAGAAGAGCUACAACCUUGCAAUGAGACUACGGAACUCAGAACGAACAGAGCAGACCCUGAGUCUCCUUGAAGUAUCCAUCAAGAAAACCCAUUACACAGCAGCCCAUGAAUCCAGCAUCGCCUUCCAAGCAAACCUGACCGCUCACAUCCAGUUGCCCUACAACCCCGAAUCAACCCCAAGCCCAACCUCAAACUUGCCUCAAAACGCCAUUCCUACUGUAAACGCAAGCUCCGAUUCAGACAGCAACACCCUCUGGCUCCCAAAAUACCGCAUCAUUCUCGCCCUCGACCUAGAAGCCUCAAUCCACCUCAACAGCGACGACAACACCACCAGCAGCAGCAGUAACUGGACCCACAUAGCCAACCUAAUCCACCUCUCCUCACCCAUCCUCACCCCCCAAGUAACAGCAAUCUACCUCGAUAUCCUCCUUCGCGCUAGCACCACCACCCCUCUCUCAAAUAUCGUCCAAGCCAUCAAGCUGCUCCUCCGAACAAUCCACACCUCGCCUUCCCCCGACCUAACCAAACCCACCACCACAUUCCACACCACCCUCCCUCGGUACCUGCACGUGCUGUACCAGCUCGCCCUCGACGCAAGCCAGCCCGAACUCGCGGAGUCGGUCCUCGACCAGGUCCUGGUCCUCGUGCGGGACUGGAAGAUGACAGAGUUUCCGGAGGGGGAGGUGCAGUGGAUGGCGUCGGUGGCGUUCAAUCGGGCGGUGGAUUUCUAUCUGGCGGGAGAGGAUGGGGAGUGUCGGCGGUGGGCGGGGAAGGCGAUUGCGUUGGCGGACUUGCUGCUGCUGGUGGUGGGUGGAGAGGAUGGCGGGGGUGCAUUGGGGAGGUUGUUGAGGGCGAGGUACGGGAAGUUGAUGGUGGAAGGAGGGUUGGAAGGACCCGGGUCAAUGGGGGGUUAG